GCGGUAGCGUGCGGCGUCACCGUUGUCCUGUCAAGCACGUCGAGGAAGAAGUCCGGCCAGGUUGUAGGUUUCAACAUGGCGGCGGUGGACGUCGUCGUGUGUAGCUUGGUGACUCUGUGGCGGAUACCGGCCGUCAGACACAAAUUCCCGUGGAUGUUUUUGCUCAUUUCCGUGGUGGGCUCCGUCCUCAAAGAGUUCCAGCUCGUCCCGCAGACUUACUUCAGCAGCAGCAGAAAUUUCCUCAACGUAUAUUUUGUCAAAGUGUCGUGGGGCUGGACGCUGCUGCUGCUGACUCCCUUCCUCCUCCUCUCCAACACCACCUUCAGCAGGGACGCCGUCUUCCUGGGCAGGCGUCUCCUCUCGCCGGCGGUGGCCACCGCCGUGUGGUACUCGUGCACCGAGACCUUCUUCUACAUCGAGAACGUGACCGGCGAGUGUUUCCAGACGGACUCCAUGGACGCGAGGAGCGGCCGGUUCACGUCCAAAGCCGAGUGCAAGAGCGCCGGCCACCACUGGCACGGCUACGAUAUCUCGGGGCACUCCUUCAUCCUGACUUACUCGGCCCUCUUCAUCGUGGAGGAAACCGCGCCCAUGGCCUCGCUGAGGACGGCGAGUAUGUCCACCCUCCCGCGGGUGGUCCUCAACCUGCUGUACGUGGCUCUCAACCUCAUCGUAAUCCUCUGGGUAUGGAUGUUUAUCUGCACCUCGGUUUACUUCCACGACUUGUCUCACAAGGUGGUGGGGACUGCGAGCGGGCUGCUGGCGUGGUACUUGACGUAUCGCCUUUGGUAUCGUCAACCUUUCUCUCCAGGACUCCCGCCGCAGCGCCAGCUCAAAGAACACAAACGGCACACUUAGCCGCGCAUUCGGAUGGCCGCACUCUUUUUACCCUUUUUACGUUCUUCCCUCCGAGCACGGAGGUCGUCGCAAUCCGGAAGAUUUACACUGUCGCUGUGCUACGAGGGCAAAGGUUUAAAAGUAUGCGUUCCUGUUUAAUGUGUUGUAGCUUCUCUGUUUUUAUUUAAGAUACUGAGUAAUCCUGUUUAAACAGCGUUACUUUAGGAUCAUAACUGAAUAUGACACUACCAAUAGCGGCCGAUGCUUCGCCCCGUGCGUCACUAAACGUUCACACGACAAGAAUUGUUGCUGUCCGUGGAAAGCAGCGGAGAUGAGCUCUCGUGAUUGGUCCGUUUUGGUCACAUGCUGUGUUGUUUAGACCCCCCCCCAACAUAAUGAAGCCUUUACAGAUUAUUUUUUUUUGGGGGGGGGGGCACCCUAUCAUGUCGUUCAAUGACAUCAAAACGGUAGAAGAUGGUGGCAAAAAGACGUCGUCACCACCACGUCAAAUUUGAGAAAAGUUCCAUUGGACCGGUGGUUUGCAAACAUUUUACACCACGUACCACCCAAAUAAAUUUGCACAUCAAUGACCAAGAUUGAAAUCCAAAUGGUUACUGGACUGCACUUUUAUUACACUUUAACGACACCAUCACAGUGCCCAAAGCGUGUAAUAAAGGCUCGCAUUCACCCAUUUAUACACACAUUCUAGUGUGUAGUAAGUCUAAAUAUUUAUCCCCCCAAAAAUGACAGAGGUUGUAUUUCUAAAGUCAUAAUAUUACAAGAAAAAGACACAAUUUUCCAAGAAUGUCAAAAUUGUAUGGUAAUUAUACAUUAAGACAUAAUAAUUUUUUUAAAAAAAAGUUUGCGGGAAUACAACACCCCAAAAGUAAAUGGAAAUAAGUGGAAAUGUUAGGGGAGGGGAUCAAGUUAUCCAAGACCAAAGACGAGAUAUUUAACAAAUAAUUUCAAAGUGAUGCAACAAUGAAGUCGUGAUUACAUGAACAUUUGUAAUUUGUGAGGCUAAAGUAAGUUAUUUUUUAUGCUUAAAUAUAUCAAGGUUACGGCACCCCUAAAGAUACAUGGGGCGUGGGGGAGAUCCUCAUUAAAGUUUCUCAUUAAAAGGAGAAAGUUUCUCAUUCGAAAGAGUUUCUUGUUACAAUGAAAAGUUGGUCGUUGAAUGAAAAAGUAUUUCAAUUGAACGAGAAGCGGCGACCUGCCAGUCUACUUGUGGGUGCUCGUUUAUUUACACGCACACAGUCGCAGAUAUGCCUCAGCUAUUAUACUAUACUUAUAUACUGUUAUAUUCGUGUGAUGAAAGGUUACAUUUGUCCAUCUUCUUUUAGUUGGAUGUUGACACUAUCAAGUAUACAUAUUUCAUGUUUUGAGGAAAGAGAGCAAAUCCUCUUGUGUUGUUUUCCUCUCAGUUGACAUGCGCCGGAAGCAAGUAGUAAAUAAGCUACUGGACGGCUACCAGAAUGCAGGAAGCUAACGCUAGCAGGCUAAUAAGGUACCACUCACAAGUAGACUCUUUUCAUUUGAAUGAGAAACAAGUUGGGUUUUUUUCUUCAUGUCCCUUUCGGGGCUUCGUACAAGGUUAAUAAAGGUAUCAGUUAAAAAAAAAAAAAAAAAACACAUCAAGCAUUUUUAAAACAGUUUUAAAGAUUGACGGCAAAUUUAUUGCACUUAAAAUUGAAUUACAACGCUGCUGCACUUGGGGAGUGAUCGAGGUGCUCGCGACUAAAUGGAACCGCGUACCGCUGACAAAUACUGCGUCAGGUCAAAGUGGCAGAAAACGCUUUGAAGGCUCUGCGCUGAAUUCAGUCUUCGGAUAAAUUCACGUCAGCCGGUUUAGGGACACCAUGUGGGUCAACCAGCGUCCCCAAUCCCAGCGUUAAUAUCCCUUUCAUCACGUACAUUUUGAAAAUAGUCAAUCGUGUUGCAUAUUGACGUUAUGGCAAGCUGGGUGACAAAAUGGUGGCAGCGUGUCUCAGUGUCCCUAAUUUAUUUAACAUUUAUUUUUAGACAGGGCUUUGACAUCUUAGGGUGCUUCAGAAAGUUAAAAAAAAUUAGGAGGAAUAGGCAAGGUUUUACUGAAAAAUGGAGGAGAGGUUCCAUAAACGAUGCAAGUUUGUCGUGCAAUAAUGUUUGUGACGCUUUUGAGAGCUUGAGAAGACUGACAUUUCCUGUCCCACGCUCGCAUGUGCCAACAAAACCUCUUGAACGUUUGAAUGAAAUUGUUCAGAAUCUUUUGCAAUUUUAAUAAACGGUGACUUUGGUUGUCCUGCA